AUCACGAUAUCUACACGACUUCACGUACAGUACCUCACCUGCUCAACAUAUCACAAAAUCAUCCGAUCACCGACAGCACCAAUCGAGCUACGAAGGAUAUUCCAAAUACAACCGACAAUGCUUACCAAAACCCUCAUCCUCACACCGAAUUAUCCGGCCAACGACUCACCGCCUCAUGCCAAUGGCCCUCAACAACGCUUCCGCCGCCAGCUAACCAUGAUCUUGCACGGAACCAGCCUGACAGCCAGCUUGAUUGCCCUCUCGCUUUUUGCAGCGGCCAUCCCACAAUGGAACCACAACUUCUUCCACAGCACGGGUCCAUCCCGCGGCGACUGGACCGACGGCGUGCCUCUCGGCCCACUCACCGUCGCGCUGAUCUACCACACCGUCGUCCUCAUCCUGCCCUUCAUCCCCAAGCUCCCUAGCCUCCAAAAGAUGCAGACGCAGACUCUGGGUCCCAAACGCUCACAGCUCGUCCACGCCGUGGUAUCAACACUGCUUCUCCUCACCUUGUUUCCAGCAUUGUUCCUUGCCGGCUACGGCUCGCUCUUCCGCUUCUGGCGGCCUGCCAUGCGCGCCUCGUCCGGCGUCAUCCCAUGCACCAUGCUCAACAUCUUUGCCCGCGAGUGCGAGCCUGUGCUGUAUCACGUCGGCACGCUGCAGAUCGGAGGCAUCGUUUUUGGCUGCUUCGUCUGGACGUCGCACUUUGCUCUGCUCUUGGUGGCGCUGCGCAAUCUCCGCCGCCACGCACUCAUCAAGCAGAUCCAGAGCGAGAAGUUGUCGCAGUUCAGCAGCAGGAGCGAAAGCAUGAGUCGGAGUGGGAGCAGGCACAGCACCAGGCGUGGGCUUGGCAGCAGGAAGGGAUCACUGCGGUCGGUGGAGAACCAGGGGGGCGCCCAGCCAGUUUCCCAGGUAGACGGCCAGCGGUGGCCUGGAAGGUCCGGCUCUGCGUCUUCUAGAUCUACUACUUCAAGGGGAGGUUCCAGAUCCGAGGAACGAGAGGCCGAACGGGCGUGACGAGUCCUUCGAAACCCAAAGCGAGUUAUUCUCCUCAGACUUCUCGCCGGGGUUGAAAUCACUUGACAUGCUUCCAGAUUGGCUACAAUUGGUAUUUUCAUACAUAGCAAACGACAUACAUCGGCGAAAUUGCUUUGGUGGUUUCCGCAUUUGAAUGUUUACGAUUG